AUGUAUACCAACGCACUUGUCGAUCUCAUUCACGAGGUGCAAGGCCAGCUCUGGGUCGACAAGGUGAACGAAACCUACAGAGCAGGUCAUCUCUGCCGCUGGGUGUCGAGUUUUCAUCCCGAACAGCUUCCCUGUCAACUGGAUGGCACCUUUCACCAUGGCGCGUACAAUGCCGGCAUCAAGAUGGUCUUCGGUGACGGCACUGCCUGGAUGGUCCGUUUCCCUCGAGUAGGAAAGGUCUGCGACGACUUCAUCGACGAGAAGGUUGCCAUGGAGGUUACGGCGCUGAAUCUCUACCACAAUAGCACUACGAUCCCGGUGCCGAAAGUUCACGCGUGGGGGCCCGCUACCAGCAACCCGCUCGGUCUCGGCCCGUUCAUCAUCAUGGACUUCAUUCACGGCGUGAGCCUUAGCCACCUUCUCCAAGCCCCUAACGCCUUGUGCCCCACCAGAGUGAUGCGGGAGGACAUUAGCGAUCGUGACCUCGAGAUCAUCUAUAGGCAACUGGCGAAUUUCAUGCUCCAGCUUUUCGAACUCGAUUUUUUUGACCAGAUAGGCAGUCUGCCGUCGCCGCAGGCUGACACCCAAAGUCCUACACUGCUACGACCGCUAACCUUCAAGGCACAUAGUAUUCUGCAAAGUGGAGGGGUCAACACGUUCGGCGACCGAACCCAGUGGUUAUCGACAACGACGGAGUAUUUUCAAUACGUCGCCGACCAAGACUGGGAACAGCUCAUCCGCCAGCCAAACUCAACUGUUGGCUUCUACGAUGCGAAAAACAAAUACCUAGCGUUCGAGGUUCUACGAGCACUGAUACCUGACUUGGUCAAUGCGAAGUAUGACCGCUGCAAAUUUCAGCUGAUUUGCGACGAUCUUGGUCUGGCGAAUCUGAUCGUCCGUGGCAGUAAAGACUUGACUGUUGUCGGUGUAAUCGACCUCGAGUGGUCGUACAUUGGACACGCGCAGCUGUUCGACUCGGCGCCGUGGUGGCUUCUCCAAGACAGGCCCGUCAACAGCUCAUGGGAUUUCACCGGUGACGAGCCGCCCGAAAUUGCCGCCCGCUACUUCAGAUGCCUAGACAUCUUUAUAGACGUAUUGGAGGAGGAGGAAGCGAAAAUGCUAGGGCAUGAUGAGCGAGAGCUUUCCAGUCUGGUAAAGUGGUCGCGCGCCUCUGGGGCCAUGUGGCUGCACAUGCUCCUCUCUUCUGGUUUCAAUGACCAUCGCUCAUUCCCUUUCACCCAACUGCGCCGCCAUCUAGGACCCACGGAAUGGGCGAGGCGCGAGAGAGACUCCGACAACGCGGAAGAGCUCGAGGCCUUCGCGACCCGGAAGGUGCGGGAUCUAGACCAGUAUGAUGAAGCCUUGGAGGCCAUGGAGAAGAGCAAGGCACUCGUCGACGACGGUAGAAUGACAAGGCACGAGUUCCUGAGCCACGGAUCUUCUCGUCCGGUGAACAGCAACCCAUAA